AUGGACUUCAAUACAGCUUUGACUAAUUUAGCACGUUUCAAAGACGCCAUGGGAGGGCCGCGUAAGGAGCUUAUGAAUAUUGACGACUUACAGGUCAUUAUUGAACAGAGUGGCGUAACACCCGGUCCAGCAGAAGCUGAAUUACAAGCCAACUUCAACGUAUUUUACCAACAAGUUGAUCGGAAAAACCAACCCGUUUUUGGCCAAUUUGUUACUCAUAUUUGCAAUGUUGCCCAGUUUACCAAAGCACCUUACCCAAUCGAUCCGACUUCAGAAAUUGGGCAACAAUUGAGAAAGGUUAUAAGCUGCAUUCACGAUUAUUUAAAUUUCGAUGAUCCCAAAACUAUGAAAUUAGCCAGAAAUAUCUUUCAGAUGCUGUUGUUUUUCUACUUGGAUAUCAAUCCAGGCAAUGCUGCAUCAUGGGUUCCGUUUACAUAA